AUGAUGUCAUUCAAUAACUUGCCAGAGGAGCUUGUGCUUGAGAUUGUAAACUGCAUAAUGUCCAAAUAUGAGAGACGAAAUCAAUCUAGACAACGUGCUCGGGCAUUGGCGCAACUUACCCUAGUGACCCGUCAAUUGUAUCGUAUUGCGACACCACAUAUGUACUCAUAUCUCCGCUUGUCAGUCGCUGAGGGUGCCCACUGGAUUACAAAGCUACAUGACACAUUAUCUACCAAUCCGUCCCUGAGAGACCAUGUCCAAGAGGUUGACAUCAUCAUUCGCGAAUACGACUCGGAAGAGAGACGGCACACCAUACGAGACCAACUCGGCAUGGUACAACGCAUCGCGUCUUGGUUCCCAUCUGCAAAGAGAAUAGUAUUCAUGGAUCUAUAUUGUAAAUUCCCAGACGAGAUUUUGCAUAUUAUCCAAAAUGUGGCACGUAACGCAGACAAUCUCUCAUCAUUUGAGAUUGACGCGCCUCGACCUGAUUUCGCCAUGAACAACGUAUUACCAACCAUGCUUAAUUUCAAAAACUUGCAGAGUUUAUCUCUCCUUGGACUGUUUCAAUCAUUUACUAGUCCUGAUGCCUUUGUACAAAACCUAAAGCCAGGCACUGGGCCCAUUACAUCUCUUCGAAUAGAAGGCUGGGGCUUGUCUCCCCAAAUGCUUUCUGGGUUAAUCCAAUGGCCACGCCAACUGCAACAUUUCCGCUACGAGGGCCGUAUGUCAUCCAUCAGUCCAGAGGAAGUUGGAGAAAUGCUAUCCGUCCACCGCACCACCCUGGAGACACUGAAGAUGGUAGAUAUUUCGUCAAGUAUCGACCCAGAAGCGCAUAUGAUUAAUGUUUCCGAUUUCCCUGCUUUAAGAGGAUUAUGUCUAUCACGAUGGUCAUUUAAUAGAGCAGGUUUGGCAUUUUCUCCUGCAGUUGGUCACAAACUUGUUGCUCCACAGCUCACAGAUUUUGGUUGGCAAUUUGGCCAUGCCGCUCGCCAAGAGGACGACUUGAAGGACUUACAAGAGGAUGAAAUAGCCUGGAUCCGGGGCUUGGCAGAUUUUGCUUCAGAUCAUCAGGCCAAGCUAAACCGCGUAUUGGUCAGAUUCCGCCCGGAGCUGUGGGGUCUAGAAAUUUUAACACCUUGGGCUUUACUACGAGAAACGAGUGCAUAUCUCGAAAAACGUGGGAUUGAACUUGUCUAUGAUGAACCAAUGUACAUAAUUGACCCAACGCCGAUUCAGAAGGGUUCCAUUGAUAAGGACUUGAAUAUUCCGUGGGAGGCUGUGAGAAGAUCGUACCUCACUCGUCCGUUUCCCGGCUCGGCGCAGCGCGGAAGGAUUCUACCUUGGUAG